AUGUUUUCCUUCAGAAAGAAAGAAAAUUGUAGCCCAGCUGAAAAGCUCUUAACUUAUUAUGUGUCUCUAGGGUAUAAUGGAUCCCUCCCCAAUGGUGACAGAGGACGCAGGAAAAGCAGAUUUGCCCUUUAUAAGCGACCUAAGGCAAAUGGAGUUAAGCCCAGCACUGUUCACGUGAUUUCUACUCCCCAGGCAUCAAAGGCGAUCAGCUGUAAAGGUCAGCACAGUAUCUCUUACACGUUAUCCAGAAACCAGACUGUUGUAGUGGAGUAUACUCACGAUAAAGAUACAGACAUGUUUCAGGUUGGGAGGUCAACAGAAAGUCCCAUAGAUUUUGUAGUAACAGAUACUAUUUCUGGAAGUCAAAAUAAUGAUGAAACCCAGAUUACGCAAAGCACCAUAUCCCGUUUUGCCUGCAGGAUUGUUUGUGACAGGAGCCCACCAUAUACUGCAAGGAUUUUUGCAGCUGGAUUUGACUCUUCUAAAAAUAUAUUUCUUGGUGAAAAAGCGGCAAAGUGGAAAAAUCCUGAUGGCCACAUGGAUGGCUUGACAACUAAUGGGGUGCUGGUCAUGCAUCCAAAAGGAGGGUUCACUGAGGAGUCUAAACCUGGAGUUUGGCGGGAAAUCUCAGUCUGUGGCGAUGUGUACACUCUCCGGGAAACCCGAUCUGCUCAACAAAGGGGGAAACUGGUAGAAAAUGAGACCAACGUCCUGCAAGAUGGCUCUCUCAUUGACCUGUGUGGAGCCACCCUUCUGUGGAGAACGGCAGAUGGACUGUUUCACACUCCAACUCAGAAACACAUUGAAGCUCUGCGACAGGAGAUAAACGCUGCCAGACCACAGUGUCCUGUCGGGUUAAACACUUUAGCAUUUCCCAGCAUCAACCGUAAAGAUGUGGUAGAAGAGAAGCAGCCUUGGGCAUACCUCAGCUGCGGUCAUGUUCAUGGCUAUCACAACUGGGGACAUCGCAGUGACACAGAAGCCAAUGAGCGGGAAUGUCCUAUGUGCAGAACCAUUGGCCCCUAUGUGCCUCUUUGGCUUGGUUGUGAAGCAGGCUUUUAUGUGGAUGCUGGUCCUCCAACUCAUGCUUUCACCCCUUGUGGACAUGUGUGCUCUGAGAAAUCUGCAAAAUACUGGUCUCAAAUCCCACUGCCUCAUGGUACUCAUGCAUUUCAUGCUGCCUGCCCUUUUUGCGCAACACAACUGUCUGGGGAACACAACUGCAUCAAGCUAAUUUUUCAGGGUCCAAUUGACUGAUAUCACCUUGCAAUGACCACAAUAACAUUUUCUUUAACAAUUUACUGUGAAGAUUUUGCCACUAACUCUAGAUUUUACCUUUUUUUAUAAUGUUAUUAAUAGGGUGGUAGGGUGGGGAUGGGGAACUGACAAGGAAAUUGUGAGGGACUGUGGUGGAAUUGGGAUACAUUGAUACCUGGAACUCGACAGAUAUCAGUGGUGUUGCAUGCUCAAAAGCAGCAUAUUCAUGAAGUCUUCUUGGUCAAAUUGUAGUAUAUUUGUAAUCUUUUUAUUAGUACCCUGGAUCAGAAAAAGGUGUCUUAAUGGUUUUUUUUAAGCUAAGAUUUUUUUAAUGGAAAGGUUUUUUUUCUUCAAAACUUUGACAAGCCUUUAAAACCUAUUUUUCAAAUCUAGAAGGAACAUACAGAAUGUAACUGUCUUUAAUUUGCAAUAUAAUUUAACUUGAAUAGUUUCUCAAGGAGCUAAUACAGAAUGUGUGGACAGCCAUAGGUGAAUGUUCACUAGAGAUAAUUGGAUAUGUAAGAGAAAAAUUAGCUGCCUAAAUUGUAGAGUAUAAAAGCUAUUAAAAUAUCUAUUAUGAUAAAACACAGCUGGCCAAAAAGGCAUCAAGGAUUACUUGAAACUGAGGAAAUCCUGUUUGCAUUGAUUUCCUUUCAGUGUAAUAGAUAUCCACUGCUCAUUAUGUAUGGUAUAUGGCUGAUUCUUUUUUUUUCUUUUCUUUUUUCCUCCCUCCGUUUAACCUGCAUCUGGUGAAACUGCUUUACUUUUUUACAUACUUCGUUCUGGUUUUUAAGCCAAUGUUCUGUAUAUGUGUAGUCUGGCCUUUUUAUUUCUGCUUAACUUAGCUUGCCCUAACUGCUCCUUGCAUGCCCAGGACCAUUGGGUUAAUUG